AUGUAUGCCCUUUCCCUUGCCGCAGUCGUCAGCAACGAUAAACAAUCUGUCAUUUCUGAGAAUCAAUUUGAUUUUUCACCUCAAUCGAUAUCCACGGAUAGCAUAGGGGAAAUUGGAGAGAAUACUGAUAUGUUCAUGCCGGCACCAAUAAAUAACGAAAUCUAUCGAUAUGGAUUACCUAACUGGAGAUCACCUGGUUACCCAAUGAUGACCCCCUAUUAUGGUAACAUGCAGUACCUUAACCGAUUCAAUUUACCCAUGAGUCGCUUUGGUUAUGUGCCUCUCAACCGUUUACCAUUCGCCGGUCAAGUUGGAAUGUAUCAACGUUUCAAUCAGUAUCCAUUUCGAAGCGCCUAUGCUCCUAUGCCAAGCGGUAGGUUCCUACUCUGA